GUUAUACCCAAUUACCGUUCUUGGUCUUGACCGUUCCUUCUUCCCCUCUGCUUCCUCUCACGCUUCAAAUUGUCACCUAACCCCUCUCUCUCUCUCAACUCUCCCCCUCCCAUUCUAUUCUACUUCUUCUUAUUCCUCUUCUUCUCACCUUCUGACCCACCCUCCUGCGGUCCUGUUCCUCUUCUCCUCUUCCCCAGACCCCAAAACCCUUCUCCAGAACCCCAGAAGAAGAGAGGGUGCUCUGCGCCUCCGCUACGGUAGCCAUGUCGGAGAUCGUGUCAGACGCAUGGAAGCGCUACCUCGGGCAGCUUCAAGAACACCCUCUUAGAACAAAGGCAAUCACUUCUGGCGUUUUGGCGGGAUGCAGCGAUGCGAUUGCUCAAAAGAUCGCUGGGAACAAGAAGCUCCAAUUGAGAAGGUUGCUUCUUGUCAUGCUCUAUGGUUUUGCCUAUGCUGGACCUUUUGGUCACUUUCUGCACAAGCUUAUGGAGAUUAUUUUCAAGGGCAAGAAAGGAAAGGAGACUGUUGCUAAGAAGGUAAUAUUGGAACAAUUGACUGCUUCACCGUGGAACAACAUGUUUUUUAUGAUGUACUAUGGUCUCGUCAUUGAAGGAAGACCAUUUAGUUUAGUGAGGGGCAAGGUCAGGAAGGAUUACCCAUCUGUUCAGUUGACUGCAUGGAAGUUUUGGCCUAUAGUUGCUUGGGUGAACUACCAAUAUAUGCCUCUGCAGUUCCGUGUUCUUUUCCACAGCUUUGUUGCUUCAUGCUGGGCGGUAUUCCUAAAUCUAAAAGCACGAUCAAUUGCUGCUAAGAGGGAAUAGUGACCUUAUGAGAGAAUUGCUAUCGGUUGUGUGCUUGCAACCAGCUUCCCUCACCAUGCUUCGACCGGUUCCUCAACCCGGGUUAGUGAGAAGUUGAGAACCCUAUCAUUCACUUAUCAGUAAGUUUAGUGGGCUUGUCUUGUUGCUUUGUCCAAAUAAAAAAAUAGAAAAAAAAAGAAAAAGAAAAUCCAUGGUCAUUUCUGUGCUUUAUAGACAAUGAAAACAAGUAUUGCUUGUUCUGUUGCAGUGUGAUAUUUGGUUUGUGUAUACAUAUCCGCUUAUGACAUAUGAGCGUAUCGCUUUGUUCUGCAUUUGACAUUUAAAUAAUCAUACAUUAAUUAAGCGUUGGGCUUGUUUCAAGC